AUGAAGGCGGUGGUCUUCAAGGGCCCUUUUCAGGUCCAUGUCGUUACGAAACCGGUGCCACAGAUUCGCGAGCCCACUGAUGCGAUUCUCAAGGUCUCCUCGACUGCUCUUUGUGGCAGUGAUCUGCACUACUACCGAGGCCAUCAAAAAUCUACGCCGGGAUUUAUCUGCGGGCACGAGACAGUUGGUCAUAUCGUUGCGCUGGGAGCAUCAGUCGACGGCUUCCAGAUUGGCGACCAUGUUGUGGUUCCCUUCUCCACGGCAUGUGGCGACUGCUUCUACUGCGACCAGGGGCAGUCCAGCCGGUGCUCUAAGGGCGUCCUCUUUGGCUCCGCUACGCCGACCUUUACCGUUGACGGAGGACACGCCGAGUUCAUCCGCGUCCCGCAUGCCGCAUCCUCGCUGAUGAGAGCCCCGGCUUCGAUCCCUAAAGAAAUGCUCGUCUUGAUGGCAGAUGUGUUCCCUACAGGCUAUUUCGCUGCAAGCCGCUUUCUCAAGGAUCUUCCCCAGGCACAGGAAGACCCUGUGGCUGUCGUACUUGGCUGUGGGCCUGUAGGUAUCUGCGCCAUAGCCUCGGCCAUCUACCUCACGGGCGGCAGAGCCAAGAUAUUUGCUGUCGACUCGGUUCCAGACCGUCUACGGGAGGCCGAAAAGCUAGGCGCCGUACCCAUCAACCUCUCGGAUAACCCUGUUCAUAAAGUCAAGAACGCCUCGUCUGGCCGUGGCGCAGAUGUCGUGAUGGAAGUUGUCGGCCGUGCAGAUGCUCUCGAACUCGCGUUUGAUCUGAUCCGGCCUUUCGGCAAGAUCUCUAGUGUGGGAGUUCACAACGAACAGAUUAGCUUUCCUGGGUUUGCCUUGUACUCCAAGAACGUCACAAUGGCGUUUGGACGAUGCCCUGUGCGCAGCCUGGUUGAAGAAACCGCACCAGUGCUGGCCAAGUUGAAGGAUCAGCUGGCCUUUCUUUGCAAGAAAGAGAUUCCCCUUGAUCAGGCUCCCGAGGCUUUCAAGUUGUUCGAGACGCAGAAAGCACACAAGUUUCUCUUCAAGAUGUGA